UACACCAUCUGUGGUCGUUCGCUCUAAUUUCUUGUUGAUUGUUCAAUCACUCCACAGAGAUGGGGAUAAAGGGUUUAACCAAGCUUCUAGCGGACAAUGCUCCCAAGGCCAUGAAAGAGCAAAAAUUUGAAAGUUAUUUUGGUCGGAAAAUCGCCAUUGAUGCUAGCAUGAGCAUCUACCAGUUUCUGAUUGUUGUCGGACGAAGUGGUACAGAAAUGCUGACAAAUGAGGCGGGUGAGGUGACCAGCCAUUUACAAGGGAUGUUCAAUCGGACGAUUAGGCUUCUGGAGUCUGGAUUAAAGCCAGUCUAUGUUUUUGAUGGGGCACCUCCUGAUUUAAAGAAACAAGAGCUUGCAAAACGUUACUCGCGGAGAGAAGAUGCAACUGCUGAUUUAAAUGAUGCCAUACAGGCUGGCAAUAAGGACGAGAUCGAGAAAUUUAGUAAACGUACAGUGAAGGUAACAAGACAACAUAACGAGGACUGCAAAAAACUUUUAAGGCUUAUGGGAGUGCCUGUCAUUGAGGCUCCAUCUGAAGCAGAAGCACAGUGUGCAGCGCUUUGCAAAGCUGAUAAGGUCUAUGCUGUUGCCUCUGAAGAUAUGGAUUCCCUUACUUUUGGAGCACCCAAAUUUCUUCGCCAUUUAAUGGAUCCUAGCUCACGAAAGAUCCCUGUGAUGGAAUUUGAUAUUUCUAAGGUAUUGGAGGAACUCAACCUUACGAUGGAUCAAUUUAUUGAUCUGUGCAUUCUAUGUGGGUGUGAUUAUUGUGACAGCAUUAGGGGUAUUGGUGGCCAGACGGCUUUGAAGCUCAUCCGUCAACAUGGGUCAAUAGAGAGCAUUCUGGAGAAUAUAAACAGAGAAAGAUAUCAAAUACCUGAUGAUUGGCCAUAUGAGGAGGCUCGACGCCUUUUCAAAGAACCAUUGGUCUGUGCUGAUGAUGAUCAGCUUGAAAUUAAAUGGAGUGCUCCAGAUGAAGAAGGCUUGAUAAACUUCUUGGUGAAUGAAAAUGGAUUCAACAGUGACAGAGUCACAAAGGCAGUAGAAAAAAUAAAAGCUUCCAAGAACAAAUCUUCGCAAAACCGAUUAGAGUCGUUCUUUAAACCAGUCGUUAGCACAUCCGCUCCCAUUAAAAGGAAGGAAACGAGCGAGAAAGCUGGAAAAGAAUCAGCCAACAAAAAGGCAAAGAGUGGAGGUGGUAGAAAAAAGAAAUAGGUGUGACUUCUUGGGUAGCAUGCAUGCUGCAGAUGUGUCUACUCCCUCUUUGACUUCAGAGUUUCUCAUGUUCCAUCUUGAAUUGUUAAGAAUUCUCACUGACAAUAGUUAUGUUUUAUAAACCGAGGAAGGUAUCGUAUUAUUAUCAUUCAUUCCGACCUCUGUGUAAGGUGUAGCGUAGCUCUAUUCGUGUUUUUCUAUGAUUUACGUAGGCCUUUUUGAAACGGAAUGGUUAAAUCAAGAACGUAUAAACUUUUAUUUCCAUGUUAUACAUGUUAAGUUUUCAGAAGAUCGAACUGGAUUCAUGUUGGGUUUUCGAAAGUGUUUCUAUGAACGAUGGUCAUUGUUUGUAAAUUAUAAUGUAAACUUCCAUCUAGUCUGAUAUAGACUUCGGGUUUAGAAAUAUGACAUUACUCGUCUUCAUACGGAUAAA